CGUUUUGUAAACAAUAUUCCAAAUUAAAAAGUUUUGGAGGAAUCGCCGGCAACAGCUUGGUAAACCGCUAAAAGCAGCAGCAACCGAAGAAAUGAGCAGCGCCGAUCAAGUCGAGGAACUGGAAAGCUCCGAGCUGGGCACAAAAGAGUACUGGGAAGCGAGCUACGACACGGAAAUCCAGAACUACAAGGACCACGGCGAUGUCGGUGAGGUUUGGUUCGACGAGGACAGUCAGCUGCGCAUAAUUCGGUGGAUCGAAAAGCAGGAGGACCGGAUAAAGCAGGACGAUGCUAUCAUUGAUUUGGGAAGUGGCAACGGCAUGAUGCUGGUGGAGUUGGCCCGCGAAGGUUACUCGAACCUUACCGGGGUGGACUACUCGCCAAAGGCAAUCGAGCUGGCGAAAGCAAUCUGCGCUGAUCAGGAGCUCUCAAUUACUUACAAAGUGGCCGAUUUACUUGACGACGCGGCCGUGCGGAGUUUGGGCAAGUUCAGUGUGGUCCACGAUAAGGGCACGUAUGAUGCGAUUAGUUUGAACCCGGACGAUUCCAAGACCAUGCGGGAGCUGUACAUUGGUGCGGUGCGGCAGUUGCUGCGAGAUGACGGAAUGUUCAUUCUGACGUCGUGCAACUGGACGCAGGCGGAACUGGUGAAGAGCUUCGCGGAGCAUUUCGUGCUGCACGUCGUUAUUCCGACGCCGACGUUCAAGUUUGGUGGCAGUGUGGGCAACGUUGUCACUUCGGUUGUUUUUGUUAAAAAGUAAAGCGCUAAAGAAAAGAAACGGUUCCGU